CCUCCCCGGUGCCUCGGCGAAGGCGCUCGUCGCUCGGCGGACACUCGGUCCCCCGUGCUUCCCAGUUUAGACAUCAGCGUCUACCGACUACGGCCGGUCAACCCUCCUUCCCUGUUCCUUCGUCUGUCCCUUCUCCGUUACAACGCCAUCCCCGCUUCCCCUUCAGCUUUAAUUAAUCCUCUUCUUCUCCCAUUAAUCCAAACCAAACCUAAACCAAACUGCUCUCGUCUCAUCCCAUCUCCUCCCUCUCUUUCCCCCCAUCUAAUUCGGACUCCAUCCACGGGAUAAGAGCGGAGAAGAGCGAGGAAGAAGAACCCCAAUGGGCAGCCGCGCCUCCCGCCACCAGAAGGAGCCCCCAUCCCCCUCACCGGACCUCCCCACCCCUACCCGCCCCCACCCCGACCCCCCCGCCGCCGCCCCCGCCCCCGUCCCCGUCCCCCCGGCUGCUGCCGCCUCGCCCAAAUCCCCCGCCCCCACCGUCCCUCGCCCGGUCCCCUCCGAUGUCGGGCGCGUCCUCGGCCGGCCCAUGGAGGACGUCCGCGCCACCUACAGCUUCGGCCGCGAGCUCGGUCGCGGCCAGUUCGGGGUCACCUACCUCGUCGUCCACCGCGAGACCGGGAAGCAGUUGGCCUGCAAGGCCAUCGCCACCCGGAAGCUCGUCCGCCAGGACGACCUCGAUGACGUCCGCCGCGAGAUCCAGAUCAUGCACCACCUCACCGGCCACCGCAACAUCGUGGAGCUCAAGGGAGCCUACGAGGAUCGGCACUCGGUCAACCUCGUGAUGGAGCUCUGCGAGGGCGGGGAGCUCUUCGACAGGAUCAUCGCCAAGGGCCAUUACUCCGAGCGAGCGGCCGCCGCCCUCUGCCGAGAGAUCGUCAGCGUUGUCCAUGCCUGCCACUCCAUGGGCGUGAUGCACCGGGAUCUUAAGCCAGAGAACUUCUUGUUCUUGAACAGGAGAGAGAAUUCACCACUCAAGGCCACCGAUUUCGGGCUCUCUGUCUUCUUCAAGCCCGGAGAAAUAUUUAAUGAUCUUGUUGGAAGUGCAUAUUAUGUUGCUCCCGAAGUUUUGCGGCGGCAGUAUGGAGCAGAAUCAGAUAUUUGGAGUGCUGGAGUGAUACUGUACAUCCUUCUUUCUGGUGUUCCUCCUUUUUGGGCAGAGACUGAGGAUGGUAUAUUUGAUGCUAUAUUACAUGGUUAUAUUGAUUUCUCAUCUGAUCCUUGGCCUUCUAUAUCUCCUGGUGCAAAAGAACUGAUAAAAAAGAUGCUAAGAGCAGAUCCUAAAGAACGACUUACCGCUGCUGAAAUUCUGAACUAUCCAUGGAUGAAAGAAGAUGGUGCACCUGAUAAGCCACUUGAUCUUACAGUUAUGAAUAGAAUGAAGCAGUUCAGAGCAAUGAACAAGCUUAAGAAAGUGGCACUGAAGGUCAUAGCAGAAAGUUUGUCAGAGGAUGAAAUUAUGGGCUUGAAAGAGAUGUUCAAAUCAAUUGACACUGACAAUAGCGGGACUAUAACUUUUGAAGAACUGAAAGCAGGCCUACCCAAAUUGGGUAAUUUGGGCAUCAAGAUUUCUGAAUCUGAAGUUAGGCAGCUGAUGGAGGCAGCUGAUGUAGAUGGAAAUGGAAGCAUUGAUUAUAUUGAAUUUAUAACGGCUACAAUGCACAUGAACAGAGUGGAAAGAGAAGAUCACUUGUACAAGGCAUUUGAGUAUUUUGAUGAAGACAAGAGCGGGUAUAUCACUGUUGAGGAAUUGGAGCAAGCUCUCAAGAAGUAUAACAUGGGUGAUGAGAAAACAAUAAAAGAGAUAAUUGCAGAAGUUGAUACAGACAAGGAUGGAAGAAUUAAUUACGAUGAGUUUGUAACUAUGAUGAGAAAAGACAGUUCAGAGGCCAUUCAGACCAGGCGGCGUAAGUAAGACUUUUGUUGAUAUGGUGAUUACAAAGCUUGUGUGUUCACUAUUUGUGGAAGAAAGGCAGGUCAGGAGUUGCAUUCAUCUGCGGAAGGAUCUCAGUUUCUAGUAGAGAGGAGUUUGGUCUCUGGAGGAUAAAUAUAGUCAUACGGUUGCAGCUUGAAAUAUUUAGAGCCAUGUGCAGAUCGAGUGUAAUAGAUUCCUCAGCAGGAGAGCGUUUCAUGCAUUUUGUACAACGAACAGUACUGUCCUGUUGAUGGAUCUGCAACUGCAAUCGAGCUCCUCCUUCCCUUUUGGCCUUCGUCAGAAUUAAUCGAAUUGGUUGUUCUUGGAUGAAGAAUGGAAUUCUUGGUAUCAGGAAAGAACGAUCUGCCAACCCAACUGUGAGUUGCAGUUUUCAA